AUGCUAUCAACUAUGAGUCCUCAAAGAGCCAUAGUACCAUCAUUACAUGGACAGCUAGUAACACCACCGGUUUUCAAUCAGAAGCAACCUAUUAUUGAAGCUGUUCCUAUACAAUUACGCCAGCUACUCAAACAAUGUUAUGGUCUUGAAGAGGGUGCCGAUUUGUACAUUCUACCCAAUAAUCCUAAUAAGCUUUUUGUCUUGUAUCGAGGACAAUUGCGAACGGUCGACUUGUCUGCAUGGCAAACAAUUCAACAGGGCAGCAACCCUCCCCAGUUUAGCAGUGAUGGUGUGAAAGUAAGUUCUAAGUCACCUUUGGAAGAUGCAAAAGGAGAUGGACGAGUAGCUCCACCUUUGACACCGGUUACAUCACAUCGAACACCUUCGACGAUAGUACGUCGUGUAAAUGAACCAGAAUGGCAUAAAGCGGUUUCUGAUAAAGAACGAGAAUUGCUGCAAAGAGAACGUCGUCGGAAGAUCGCAUAUAAAACAUCACUCUGUAAUGCAUUCCGAGAUACUGGACAGUGUGCAUAUGGUCUUCAGUGCCGGUUUGCACAUGGCACUGACGAAUUACGUCCUGCACCAGAGCCACAUCCAAAGUACAAGACGCAGUUGUGCAACAAGUUUGCCUUAUAUGGCUCAUGUCCAUAUGGCAGUCGUUGUCAGUUUAUUCAUAUGCGCCCACAAGAAAUGCAAAAUGAUUUGGUACGUAUGAAUUUCGCGACAAGUCUCGAUAGUGGUAGUAGACAUGCACUGCAAUAUCGGCAUUAUUCAAGGGUUGCAAGGCCGAGAUUUUGUGCAAGGAAUGCGUGUAUCGUCGAAGUAGCAGGAUCUGAUCGCUGUGAUUCGUUUUCGCGGAGGUAUUUUGAUUCUGAUAAUAAUUUGCAAGCUAUUGAAAGGUCAUCCAAUCAUUUCAACUCGGAGGCUAUUCAGGCUUUUUGGCAUCAAUAUCGACCGAGUGCAGAUGUAGUGGAUAAUGUCGAAAAAACAUUGAGUGCUCUGCCAUUGGGUGGUUCGAAGGGAUUGAACUCCGAUAUUACUGCUGUGGAUGAUUUGUUUAGUACAAUGAGUAUUGGUGAAUGCAGUAAUCCAUUCACGCAAUCAUGUUUUCCACGAAUAAAUCUUGAGAAUUAUGAUGGGAAUGACGGAACCGCUAGCCAUAUGAGCAGCAUCGGUAUGUCGUACCAUACUUCAAAAUUGUAG